AGGAAAGUACAGAGAAGAGUACAUUAUCAGACAAAUAAAGAUGGCUUAUGUGUUGGAGAAUGUGCUGCUUGCUCAGGUCUACCUACUGUUCUUGCUGUUGGCUGGCUGGUCCCAUGUGCAACCUGUCAAUGGAGGUUUAAGGGCAGAGGGACUGGCAGAGGGCACCACAGAAGUGAUAAGUCACUCGCAAGGGCUGGUGGCACGGCUGGAGGGCCUUCUUUUGCUGGGAAAUAACAGUGACAUUUCCCUGCGUGUUGAAACAGUGGAUGCAGAUGAGGUCAAGGUGAUUCAAGCCCACACGCUGAUUCUGUUGCUGCAGAGCAAAGUGUUUGAUGGGAUGCUAGGAAAGCGUAAUGGCAGCACACUAGUGCUGCGCGAGAUGGCAGAAUGCACUGCUGUGUUCGAUAAAUUUAUCAGAUAUCUGUAUUGUGGUGAGCUAUCCCUGCAGUUGGACCAGGCAACACCACUGCACAAACUGGCAACCAAGUAUGGCAUAUCCAGCCUCCAACAAGGACUAACCCAGUACAUGAGCCAGAACCUGGCCAGCGAUUCUCUGGGUGGUCAUGUGGUGAGUUGGUACCAGUAUGCGACGACAGUUGAAGACACCUUGCUGAGAGACAACUGCCUUCAGUUUUUGUCGUGGAAUCUGUCGUCUGUGCUUCAGAGUGCCGAAUGGCCAUCUGUUAGUGUGGAACUACUAAUGACCCUGUUGCAGCGCUCUGACCUAGUCCUGAAGAAUGAGCUGGAGCUGUUUGAGGCUCUUGAAAUUUGGCUCACCCAGAAUGAUCCGGAUAGCCUGACAGCAGAGAAUGCCCUUCGCCUAGUACGCUACGCCAUGAUCCCUCCACGCGAUCUCUUUCGCCUCCAACGGAAUUCGCCGAUCAUGACACGCUACCAUGAAUCAGUACGCGAUCUACUCUAUAUGUCGUACCAGUUCCACUCGGCAUCACCCCUUCAGCUAGCCAAGUUCUUCGAUAUGAACUGCAGCCUAUUCGUACCACGCAACUACCUCUCGCCCAUGUGGGGGUCUCAAUGGAUCAUUAGCAACCCAGCACGGGAUGACCGCAGCACCACUUUCCAGACACAUCUGGGUCCAAGUGGUUUUGACUCGAGUAAACGGGUGACGUGGAAUGCUCUGUUCUCACCCCGUUGGCUCCCUCUGAGCAUGAGGCCCUUAUACACCGAGCAGGGUGCCAUGCAACCACCAAGGCCUGAUGGAGGAAGCGCUGUUGGCCGCCCUCGUAUUAUCAUAACACCUACUACUUCCAGUGCAGAUUUUGCAGGCGUGAGCUUCCAAAAGACUGUACUUGUCUUGACAAAGCAGCAGGGCAAACUCGUGGUGCGACAUGUAUUCAGCUUCCACCAAAGCACAGAGGAGGUGGGCGACUUCCUGGCUGAUGGGGACCUGCUUCAUCGCACAUCUGAGCACCUGGUGGAUGGAUCGCUGUACUUGCACAUCAUUGUAAAGCCUAUCUACCAGACUCUUAUACCAACCAAGCAAUAAUAUAAGACACAAGUUAAAAGGAAGACACACAAAGCAUGAUUUUAGAAGGUCUGUGCAGGGAAGAAAGGUCUAAUGAAAGCUCAGCUUAGGUCUAAUGUGAAUAAAGGUACUAAAAAGCCAUUUCCACUCUCCUUACAAUGCAAGUUAAAGGCAAGGGUUUACUCUACAAAAGUGUAAAAAAAAAAAAAAAAGAAACACACAAGUAAGGUUUAUGGCAGUAGUUCUCAACUGGUGUUGCUUAA